UAGUGUAUUAUUUCUAUUAUUUUAAUACUUGGUUUUGACUUUUAAAUGAAGGCUAAAAUCAAUUAAAUUAGUUAAUUUGAUCAAUCAGUUUAUAAAUUUGGCAGGACACAACAGUUUUGAGUAAAAAGACUGCAUGACAAUGCAUACCGAAACCCCCGUUUUAAGUCUCGGUCUUUUGGCAAAUAUAUUGUGUUCUUUCAUUGGUCCAUUAGGCUCUCUCUGCUUCAUGUAAUGCAACUUCAAAAUUGGUAUAACAUCGUCUAUGGAUGUAGCUUAUAAGGAUCAAUGAUUUAAACAUAAUUUGUAAUGCUCCAAAAAUAAUGUAUUAAUUUACAACCGUAUCUGAAAUUCGAUACUUUUUUGGGUGGUUUGAAGAAAAGGAGUUGUUAGUAGGCAUUUAACUUUUGUAAAAAUAUUAAAAUCUGUAUAUCGACUGCUAAUGGAUAAAGUUCAUCUGUAAUAUUAUGAUAAUUGAAGCAAACCACUUUGUGCCACAAUACACCCUCUUCUCUUUUGUACUUCAUAAAUCAAUGAUUCUUUAUGUUUCUGAACACAAAAGUAUGCCCCAGGGUAGAAGAAAGAUUUCUCAUUUGCAUUCCUAUUUUCAGUCUUUAUCACAAGUAAUGCUCAUUUUGCAGACUGUACCUGUACUAUGUACACAUGGAAAUUAAGGUGAGCUUAGAUUCAUAAAAUUUUUAUUUGUGACCUUACUCUUGGGGUUAGAAGACUAAUAAAAAUAUCAGCCACUUCUCUUGCUUGAUGGAGCUGAAAGGGAAAUGGAGAGAUUAAUGAAGAGACUGAUCAGGAUUAGACAGAAUGAACAAAACGAGAAAGUUUCCUCUCGGGCUCUCUCUCUCCCUCUAUAAACAUUUAUUAAGCAUCUACUAUAAAACUAAAAAUUGUAAAAAUGUCGGAAGAAAAGAGUCGUUACAUACACUCCUUUAUUAUUGUGAACUGAAACCAGAUUUCAGAGUUUUAAAAAUUAUUCAAGAAUAUGCAGUGCAUGCAGUCGUGAAAUUUGAUUCUAAGAGAGGUACACGCAUUUAGCCCUUCACUUAAACUGUAUCAUAAAGCCACUACAAGAGAUGCACCUUCCCACCCUCACGUAAUCUUUUUGCAAGCACUGCUCGCAAGCCAACAUUUGUGGUGAUUUCAGAUUAGGAGCCUGGCAUCUUUGCUAUAAUCAAAACCUUAUUCUCCCCUCUCCGCUCCUCCACUCCUUACCUUAAUGAAAGUGCAAAAAACUAGUUUCACUGGGGAGGGAGGCAAGGAAGGAAGGAAAAGAAGGAAAGGAGGGAGGAAAGGGGGUGGGCACAGAUCCAAGGAAGGAGUGAAAUGAACGAAGGACAGCGCUGUCCCUUUUUCUCGCGUUUGCUUUAAAGCUCCCUGCCUGCCUGUCCCCGCGGGUCCGGGAGCCGCACCUCUCGCAGGCUUGGCUCUCGGCCCCGCCCCCUAGCGUCGGAGCCCGGGAGCCGCGGCGGGAGCCUAUCUCUUUAAAUGACAGCUGAGGCUCGGGUCCCAGUCCGGGGCUUGACGUCAGUGCCUCCUCCCGGGCUGCCAGGAGUAGUUAGCGCCACCGUCGGCGCUCCGGCCUCGCGGCGCGCUCACAAGCUGCCGGGGCGGCGAGUUUUCUUUGCUUCAGCCCCUCCUCCGGCCCUCCCCACGGAGAGCCGAGCAGCAGCCCUAGAGCCUCUCGCAAGUCUCUCUCACACUUCCCCGCCCUCGCCCCAAAGGAGCAGCCGCUCGUUCUUGCCUCUCCAUUGCCGCCGCCGCCGCACCGGCGGAGCUCCUCUCCCGCGCGUCUCUCCUUCGAUGGAGCUCGGGCGCCGCCGACGCCGCCGCUGCCCCGAACCCUGAGCGGGGCCGCCCCGGCCGGAGGAACGCACCGCCCCGCCCGAGGGCGCACAGCGCCCAGGAGCACGCGGAGGGCUGGGGCGCGGACUCCGGGAACAAGAAAGUGCAGCUCUGUCGGGUCACUGGGCCGGCGGCGGGGGGACUAUGGCUCUGAAGGACACGGGCAGCGGCGGCAGCACCAUCCUGCCCAUUAGCGAGAUGGUUUCCUCGUCCAGCUCGCCCGGCGCGUCGGCCGCCGCCGCCCCGGGGCCCUGCGCACCCUCGCCCUUCCCUGAAGUAGUGGAGCUGAACGUAGGCGGCCAGGUUUAUGUGACCAAGCACUCGACACUGCUCAGCGUCCCGGACAGCACUUUGGCCAGCAUGUUCUCGCCCUCUAGUCCCCGUGGCGGCGCCCGGCGCCGGGGCGAGCUGCCCAGGGACAGCCGGGCGCGCUUCUUCAUCGACCGGGACGGCUUCCUUUUCAGGUACGUGCUGGAUUAUUUGCGGGACAAGCAGCUCGCGCUGCCUGAGCACUUCCCCGAGAAGGAGCGGCUCCUGCGCGAGGCCGAGUAUUUCCAGCUCACCGACUUGGUCAAGCUGCUGUCGCCCAAGGUCACCAAGCAGAACUCGCUCAACGACGAGGGCUGCCAGAGCGACCUGGAGGACAACGUCUCGCAGGGUAGCAGCGACGCGCUGCUGCUGCGCGGGGCGGCGGCCGCCGUGCCCUCGGGCCCGGGAGCGCACGGUGGUGGCAGCGGCGGCGGCGCGCCGGACAAGCGCUCGGGCUUCCUCACGCUGGGCUACCGGGGCUCCUACACCACCGUGCGCGACAACCAGGCCGACGCCAAGUUCCGGCGUGUGGCGCGCAUCAUGGUGUGCGGGCGCAUCGCGCUGGCCAAGGAGGUCUUCGGGGACACGCUCAACGAGAGCCGCGACCCCGACCGGCAGCCGGAGAAGUACACGUCCCGCUUCUACCUCAAGUUCACCUACUUGGAGCAGGCCUUUGAUCGCCUGUCCGAGGCCGGCUUCCACAUGGUGGCGUGUAACUCCUCGGGCACCGCCGCCUUCGUCAACCAGUACCGCGACGACAAGAUCUGGAGCAGCUAUACCGAAUACAUUUUCUUCCGACCACCUCAGAAAAUAGUAUCACCUAAACAAGAGCAUGAAGAUAGGAAACAUGACAAGGUCACUGAUAAAGGAAGUGAAAGUGGGACUUCCUGUAAUGAGCUCUCCACUUCCAGUUGUGACAGCCAUUCAGAGGCAAGCACUCCCCAGGACAACCCGUCCAGUGCCCAGCAGGCAACAGCUCACCAACCUAACACCUUAACAUUGGAUCGCCCUUCUAAAAAAGCACCUGUGCAAUGGAUGCCCCCACCAGACAAACGCAGAAACAGUGAACUCUUUCAGACACUCAUCAGCAAGUCCCGGGAAACAAAUCUGUCCAAAAAGAAAGUCUGUGAAAAGCUAAGUGUGGAAGAAGAAAUGAAAAAGUGUAUUCAGGAUUUUAAAAAAAUCCACAUUCCAGAUUAUUUUCCAGAGCGCAAACGCCAAUGGCAAUCUGAACUGUUGCAGAAGUAUGGGUUAUAGUAAUUAUCACAUUCCUGCAGUAUUUUGAUGACAUUCAAUGUUUACUACAGUGUCACCACCUGACUGAUGUCCUAACAAUGGUCAGUGUGAUUCUUGCUGCUCUUCCUUGUUGUGAACAGUGGAUGUGGGACAGUAUUUUCUUUUAUUCUUUUGUUGUUGUUUUUAGAAACAUGAUUAAAAAGGAGAAAAAAUAAAUCAAUAAGUGUUAAAUCAAAAUGGAAUAUCUGAUUCAAACCAUUUUACAAGAAUGAAAGUAAAAUGUGCAUGAUCAAGCUUAGAAUCUUGGUUUUUGAACUCUGGUCAACUGGAUAUGUUUGUCAUUUUGUAACUUACCAAAAACAAACCAUCAUAUCAUACCAAAUAAAAUGACUUAUGGGUGAAGCAACAUCAAGUAAAAUUUUAGACGAUGGUUAUAGGACCCAAAUCUAAAGCUGUCUAAAUGUUAAUGCAAUAAAACAAGUAUUAUUUUUGCAUGAAUACAAUGUUACAAAUAAAUCACAAGAAAUAGGGAAGAUCUGUUUGUUGCUUGGAAAGAAAAAAUUUACAAAAAAAGCAAAAAAAAAUGUUUUAGACAAAGCCUAUAAAUGUAAGCUGUCUAGGAGAUUGAAUUUUCUUUGUUCUGGAUCUGUGACUUUUUUGUGUAUGUGUAUGGUGUUUAUGUAUGUUAAAAUGGUGUAAAUAUGCCUUAUACUGUUAUUUAUGGCAUCAACAUUCAUUUAUUAAUGCUAGUCAUGAUUAUUACUGUGAAAUGAGUCUUUUACAUCAGGCUGUGAAAAUUGGUAUAAUGAUGCUUUGAAAGCUCCUAUUAUCAUGUUAAUCAAAAUAAUAGAGGGAAAUGGUAAAGAGCUUUACGUAUUUAUUAAAAAAAGAAAAAUGUA